AUGUUCCUCCAUUUAUUCGGCACCUCCCGCCUUCAUGAGGAGCUGAAACUGCGUCCAGCAACCGUUCGAGCACGUGUUCAUUGCAACCAAAACCACCGUUGGCCUCAGUGCGGUUCCAACCGACUCUCCCGCUACCCAGUACACUACAAAUUCUGGACACUGAUGGAUGAGGCUUUGUUGAAGUGUUUCAACAAUCACAUGGACCGCCGCAUCCUCGCGAUCUGCCGACGCUCUCAAUGCUUGAUGCAAUUGCUCACCCCAGUGCGCAAGAAUGCAAAUGGCAUAUUCGUUCAACAAAUAAGCAUUCAAGCGCCAUCCUUGGAUGCUCUAGAGCGCUGUUGCUCCAUUCUCGAUGAUGUGUUUCCGCAAUUCAAUGCCAGCAUUACGUUGCGUGGACGUGGGAGUAGUGAUACUACAACAACGGAAUCGAGGAUGGAGGAGUUGGGGAUGGAGGAAGCAACAGCGACGAUAUCGAGAAUGCCAUCAGUGCCGGCAGAAGGUGUGGUCAUCGGCAUGGCGAUGGAGCAAAACAGAGGAAAUAGCAAAUACACUCGGUACAGAGGCGUACCGAAAUCCUCCGCUACCUUCACCUCCCCUACUACCACUCUUCACCAUUGCUGUCCCACUCGCCAGCGCAGUAAGGAGAAUUUGAUCGGCUAUAUCAUUUCGGAAAAGGGGAACGAGCACCGAGCUGCAGCUAAGGUUUAUUGA